AUGGAUUCCAACAAUCAGAAUACCGGCAACAAUGCUGAUGCGAAGAAUAAAGAAGAACUCGAAAAGACGCUUGCAACCUUACUUGACCUUUUCCCCAACACAGUGAAGCUGGAAGAAGAAGACAAUGAUGAUUCUCACAAGAGUGCAGCCAAGGAGAAUGAAGAUCAUGACAAAGAGACUGGAGUUGCGAAGAAGAAAAAAUCCAAGAACCCUGCUAUUCAGCUUACAGAUCCUUUUGGUCCCAAUGGAGAGUACCUCGAUGGUGAUGAUCUCAACAAUUCUCCUCGGCGACCAUCUGAAGAAAACCCUCUCAAUCAGUCUCCUGUCCCAUCUCCUCCACCUUUCGGUCCCUGGGUAUUUCCAAACCUGAUCAACAACGGGCGUUUCGAAGACGUUCAUCCCGUACCCUGCGCUUCUCAAAUCCCGGAACCAGACCAGAGUGGUGUCCGCGGCAGCAGCAACAACAACAACGACAGUCUUUCUUCGCCAAUUGCACCGGGAAGUCAUAUCAUCAGAGAGAUACUCGCAAAUCGACUCGCCCCUCCUCCUCCCCUCGCAGGCGCCGUCACCGUCGAACCGCCAGACAGCGAUGACGAAGGUCCUCCUCUGUCUUCCGGCAGCAGCACACCUCCUUGGCACAACCCAUCGAAUCUGUCUGAUGAAGACCAUCAAAACUUGAUCAGGGCUCACAUGGAGGCCCAGCAUCGUGCCAUCCUCAGGGAGAGUUACUACCGCCGUUAUCGAGCUAGCAAGCAUCCAGGAAGUGAAUCUCGCUUUGACUUGUGA